AUGUCCACAACAACCACGACGAUGGCAGCCACGAAGGCCGCAACCCUACUACCCAUCCACUCUCGCGGGGGGAAAGAGCCCCGUCCUCGUCCUCGUGUAGAAGAAACAUUUAUGGAUGGACUGUCGACCAUUGACGGAACUGGUGCUACGAUUGGUCGAAGUGCUCCCAUCGCUGGCAUCCCGAUAUUCACGGACCCUUAUGAGCAGCGAAAAUGGGCGCUGGAGAGGAUGGCAGGCGCCUUCAGGGUGAUCGCUCGAAAAGGCUACCUUGAGGGAACCGCCGGUCAUAUUUCCGUCCGGGAUCCAAUUGACCCAGAUACUUUCUGGAUCAACCCACUGGCAUAUCACUUUGGGACGAUGAAAGUGAGUGACCUUGUUCACGUCAACAUGAAAGGCGAAAUAAUCGGAGGGAACAGGGCUUGCAUUAACAAUGCCGGCUUCAAUAUUCAUUCUGCUCUCCAUGAAGCCCGCCCAGAUGUUAAUGCCGCGUGCCACUUCCAUAGCGUGCAUGGAAAAGCAUGGUCUUGUUUUGGGCGGCCUCUUGAUAUGCUUAACCAAGAUGCCUGCACGUUCUAUAAUGAUCACACCGUUCACGACAUGUUUGGCGGAAUUGCAUUUGAGGCAUCCGAAGGAGAGCGCAUUGCUGCCGCUUUGGGAAACAAGCGGUGCUCUAUCCUUAAGAACCACGGGCUUCUGACCACUGGUAAGACCGUGGAUGAGGCAGCUUUCUUGUAUACACUUAUGGAGAACUCCUGCCGCAUCCAACUUUUGGCGGAGGCUGCUGCUGCUAAUGGGAUUCCCAAGCAUAUAUGCCCUCACGAGGAAGCAGAGUACACGUACAGGCUGACGACGCCUGAGGCUAUGUGGCUUGAAUUUCAGCCUGAUUAUCAGUAUGAGUUGCACGUUUCGGGGGGAGAUUUCCUACAGUAG